UCUAGAUUGCGAGUGGGGGUUUUCCCUGUAACCUGCUUUCAGUUCCUUCUUCUUCACAUCAGACAUAAAAGUAAAACCUUUCUGAAUUCAGCCUCUAUUAUUGUUCUACUGUGCGGAAGUGGACCUGAGAGAAGGUGUAAAGAUGUCAGACCCAGAGACCCAAACUCAGCCUCUUAUUGGGGCCUCCAGCCAAACAGCUGUCAGUGUAGGAGCACCAGAACAGGGCCGCUCCAGCCGGGCCUAUAAGGUGGCAGGAAUAACCCUGCUGGCCUGUGUGCUGAUUGUGGGCCAGGCUAUGACCGCCUACUUCCUCCUCAGCCAGAGGAACGACAUCAAAUCCCUGGAGGAGCAAGGCACCCAGCUGAAGUCGGAGAUGACCAAGGGAAGAUCUGUUUCUGUGCCCCUGCGGAUGCACAUGCCCAUGAACACCCUGACUGAGCUGAUGGACGACACUGCAGAGGAGGAGUCUGGCACUGACGGCCCAGCAAAAGUUGACCCGUCUCAUGCCACCGAUUGCCAGCUGGAGGCUCGUGGUUUGAAGCCUGUGCAGGUUCCAGGUUUCCGCCCUGCUUGUGACAUGGGAGGCCUCUACAAGACCCAGCAGUGCUUCAUGGGCCAGUGCUGGUGUGUGGACCCAGUCAGCGGGCAACAGGUCACAUGUGCCCAGAAGGCCGCGAAAGUUGCCUCCGACUUCAUUGAACUUGAGGGCGAGAGCAAAUAAGCCACUGACUAAAAGUGUGGGAACUGAAGCCGAUUGUUCUGGAAACCAACCUCAGUUCAACUCCUCUCCUGUUACAACUUUGCCAUCAUAUAAUCAUCCUAUCUCCAGUACUUAAUAAGUUAAUAGGGUUUAUUAUGUUGCUAAAGAUUUACCAAAUUCCAAUCAUUUAUUUGCUUGCUAUCACUUGAACUAGUUUGUUGGAGCUCCUCUAUAGUUAAUAUUAUAUAGACAGCAAAGCCUUUCAACUGAUUAUUAAAUAGAUAUUAAAGGUUAAGGGUUGUAUUUUUCUGUUUCUCGCAGAUUUAAGUAUAGUUUUAGUCAAAUUUUGCCCCAUGUCAAUUUGACUGAGAAGAAUACACUUUCACAUUAUUCAUUGAUGUAGUUUAAGGAGUGGAUUAAAAAACAACUCUGUCCGCUUCUCCUUGGCAUUAAGUAAAUUUCUUUUAGAUGAUGUUUGGCUAAACGUAAAAGGAUGAAACUGUUAUUAAAAGCACGGACACACAUUUGUAGACAUGGAUAACUGCUACAUUUAUGAUCAGCAUUGUGCAAUUUAUUCCAACAACUCAAAUAAACCACAUAAAGACA